UAGUAGUGUGGUAGUGUACUUGUUAUGCAGAAUUGCCACAUUUGGAUUACAAAUAUUAUUAUUAUUAUUACUAUUAUUAUUAAUAAUGCAUUUAUUUAAGCAGCAUUUUACUGUCAUUACAUUAGUUCUAAUUUCAACUACUUUAUAUGUACUGUUAUGAGGUUUAAUUUAUAAAAAUGCAUAAUCAUUUUAAUGUAUUUCAUGUUUUUCGUAUUAAAUCUCAACCUGAAAAGUAACAGAAGCUGUCAGCUAAAUGUAGUGGAGUAUUUCAGUAGAGUACUUGUGUAAAUGUACUUCCACCACUGCUUGUGACAGCUCAAAGUUUGCUUCAUUUUUAAUCGCAGAAUACAAAAAGUUAUUCUCACAGUUUAAAUAUUUGUAGUAAAAUGUACCACCAUGCAGGUUUUUGUGUACUUGUUGACGUGUUGAUUGAUGAAAACUGGAUUUUCUACUCUUCUGUUAAAUAAAAUGUCUGUUAAAAUAUGUUUAAGACAAACAUCUGACUCAAGAGAUGGAGGUAGCUCUGUUUGAGGCUGCAUGACUCUCUAGUUGUUUUGUCAACAGAGAGGCAGGCAGUCUUUAAAUCCCCCUCCGCAGUGAUUGGUUCCAAUGAAAAGCUAAACAAACGUGUGCAAACAGGAGUUGUCUUCUGCUGGAUGUCACCUUUACAUACUGACAUUACAUCUCAGCAUCUGCUACCACUCUGGACUUUAUAGGACUUUUUUUUUUCACUAGAAGAUUCAAUUAACACAGUUUUCUUCAAAGCAAAUACAAGAUGAGCAUCCAGGAGGGUUUGAUAAAGAGCAAUGGUGUUGCUGAGAGCAUCUCUGCCCAGAAGGCACAGACUCACAUCCCCAAUGGACAAACGUCUGAGCUGCAGAGAGACACUGAGGGACUUUCAGAAGAGCCCGAGGCAGUUCCCUUCCCGACUGCGAGGGCUCCGGCAUCUCUGGCCCCGGCCGACCAGCUAUGGAGCACCAGCAGAGACAAGGCGGUCCGGCUGAGGAUGGAGGGCUCGGGUCCGGCCUCGGAGACUCCAGUGACCAUCCAUCAGCUGUUCGUGGAGACGGUGGAGAAGUACGGGGACCAUCCAGCCUUGGCUACCAAAAAAGACGGCCACUGGGAGUUCCAGACUUGGAGGCAGUACUUUGAGCAGUGCUGUGCAGCGGCUAAAAGUUUCCUCAAGUUGGGGCUGGAGCGGUACCAUGGUGUGGGGAUUCUGGGAUUUAAUUCCCCCGAGUGGUUCAUCUCAGACGUCGGCUGCAUCUUUGCCGGUGGUUUGGCAACUGGAAUUUAUACUACCAACUCGCCCGAAGCCUGUCAGUAUGUGGCUGACAGCUGUGAGGCCAACAUCCUGGUUGUGGAGAACCAGAAACAGCUCGACAAAAUCCUGCAGAUUAAAGAUCAACUGCCUCAUCUGAAAGCCAUCGUUCAGUAUAAAGGCGAGCUGAAGCAGAAAUUACCAUUUCUGUAUACAUGGGCAGAGUUCAUGAAGCUGGGAGAGGAGGUGUCCGACGAGGAGCUGAAUGCUGUGACUGAAAGUCUUCGGGCUAACGAGUGCUGCACGCUCAUCUAUACCUCUGGAACCACCGGCAACCCCAAAGGAGUCAUGUUGAGCCAUGACAACCUGACAUGGACGAGCCGCAUCGCUGCUUCCAUGCUAGAUGUGAAAUAUGUCGAGGAGGUGGUGAUCAGUUUCCUGCCGCUGAGCCACGUGGCCGCCCAGCUGUGUGACAUGUGGAUGCCUGUCACUUUUGCCAUGACCACCUACUUUGCAGAGCCAGAUGCCCUAAAGGGCUCCUUAGUAAACACAAUGAAAGAGGCUCGGCCGACUUGUUUCCUGGGGGUUCCUCGUGUGUGGGAGAAGAUUCAGGAGAAGAUGAAGACUGUCGGUGCCAAGGCAUCCCCGAUGAGAAGGACAGUGGCGGGCUGGGCCAAGUCCAUAGGCCUGCAGUACAACUACAGUGUCAUGAACGGGGAGAAUCAGGUGCCGUGGGGCUACACGUUGGCCAACAGUCUGGUCUUUAAGAAGGUCCGUGAGAGCCUGGGUUUGGACCGCUGCAAGCUCUGCUUCACGGGCGCUGCCCCCAUCACCAAAGACACUCUGGAGUACUUCAUGAGCCUCAACAUCCCUUUGUUGGAGCUAUACGGCAUGAGUGAAAGCUCCGGCCCUCACACCAUCUCCCAAACCAGCAAUUACCAAAUCACAAGCUGUGGAAGGGUGAUGCCCGGCUGCAAGACGAAACUGGAUAAACCAGAUAAGGAAGGGAGUGGGGAGAUAUGUUUCUGGGGUCGGCACGUCUUCAUGGGCUACCUGAACUUGCCGGACAAAACAGCCGAGGCUCUCGACGAGGACGGCUGGCUGCACUCUGGAGAUCUGGGAAGACACGACCAGAACGAUAACCUGUACAUCACAGGAAGGAUCAAGGAACUGAUCAUCACCGCCGGAGGAGAGAACAUCCCUCCCGUCCCCAUCGAGGACGCCGUGAAGUCCGAGGUGCCGAUCAUCAGCAACGCCAUGCUGCUGGGAGACAGGCUCAAGUUCCUGUCCAUGCUGCUCACGCUCAAAUGCGUCGUGGACGACAACGGGGAGCCCACAGACGAGCUGAACCCCGAGGUUUUGAGUUUCUGCCAGCAGCAUGGCAUCAAGUCGACCAAGGUGUCCGAGGUCAUAGCCAGUAAGGAGCCAGCGAUCUACACAGCCAUUCAGGAGGGCAUGGAGCGCGUCAACGCCAGAGCAACGUCCAACGCCCAGAAAGUCCAGAAGUGGGUCAUCCUGGAGCGAGACUUCUCCGUGGGUGGAGGAGAACUAGGACCCACCAUGAAACUCAGGAGGCCUAUUGUUGUGAAGAUGUACCAAGAGAAAAUAAACGAAUUAUAUGCUGCAGCGGAAAAACCGUAGACUGUCCAGCACAGAAAUCAGAUGACACUGAAAAGAGGUGGUGAUGAGAAACGUUGGGCAUGUUUAUGAACAUUGUAUUAAGCCCAGAUGUCAUGUUGACAAAUGUAUGAAUCUCUCUUCACAUGAAUGUUAAAAGUGCAAUAGAUGUUUAUGAUUUAAGGGGGGAAAUCUUGAUUCUGAUUGUGUUGUUAAUGGAUUAGAGGUUUGUGCUGCUAUGUUUUAAUAUAUUUGUGUUCUGAUUCGAUAUUUAAGCUGUUAAAUGUACAUACAGUUUCACAGCAGUUGUACACGUUUUGUAAAUAACAUAUCAAAAUCAGAGCCAAAUCUUGCCAUUUAUUGUCGGCAUAUACAGGUUAACUGCAUGCCAUCACACUGGAACAAACACUGGAUGGUGUCAGUCAUCAUUUUAUUGAAGAAAAUUUUGUAAAUUCACUGUGGCCUGAAAGAUUUAAGUCUCUUUUGUCUUAGUUAUAUAGUUUAUUUUUAAAGCAGCAAUAUCUAUUUAAAGAUUUUUCAGCAUUUAUUGCCAGUUUCCAGUCUCCUGUAGUGAGACAGCAAACCUGCAGACAUGCUCUUUAAAGACGGGAUGGAGGUGAAGUUCGAAUAAAUACUUUUAUAAUAACAUAAGAAUAUCAAUGGUUUAAUAAUAAUUUCUCCAAUCACAAGUGCAAAUUGUAAAGCACACAUUUUAGAUUUGUGCUUCUCCAUGUACAGUUUGACAAAUAUUGAAAUGUUUAUUUGUGAUAGAUGUUACAUGAUUGUCAAUAAAAAGUGAGGGAUGUGGACAAAUUGAGAAACUUGUUUUAAAAAUUGCAUUUUUUCAUUUCGAAUAAUCACUUUUUUAUUAAGUGAAUGUGGUCAGUUUAUAUGGGACAGAUCAGCAGCAAUCUGAACAUUUGAACAGUUUGAA